GCUUUAUAUCUUCAAAGGAAGAACGACGAAUGACGCAUACAACGUCCCAGAUUUCUCAUUGAUGAUAACGUUCGUUACUCUGACAUGGAACAGCAUAAGAAAAAAUGAUGCAACUAGAUACAGAAGCUGAAACUUUCCAGUCUUUAAAACCCAAUGAAUCAAAUGAUGAUUAUGAUGAUGAUAUUGCAAAAUCUCAGAGCUUCCAACACACAGUGACGGAAUUUAAUUUGCCAGAUAGUGAUAAAAUUUUGGAAAAUGUGACUCCCGAUGGAGAAUUUGAUGAGACUGAUUCAUUCCAUUCUGUUUUACCAAUCAUGGAACCAAUAAUUGAAGAAAGUGAGAAUGAUAACCAGCAGUCCAAUCGUCAAGAGUUACUGGACGAGUAUUAUAAAGUUGUUCAGAUGGAAAAGAGACUGUUAAAGACAAAUGCCACACUUCAAAAGAAACUAGUCAGUCAAUUUAAGUCUCAAAAGAUUGAUGAGUUGGCUGUCAUCUCAUCAGAAACAGAUAUGAAUGAUUCGUAUGAGAAAAUGCUAAUUGAAAUAGAAAAUUUAUGUAAACUGGAAGAAGAAGAAGGAGAGAGACAAACAAAAGAAGAAGACAUUUUAAAGGCAGAACUGUGUAAAAAACAGAACGAAGUUGAUGCUUUUAUUAAGAAUUUUAAUGAUUUGAAAAAAGAAGUUGCCAUGAAUGCAAUAUUUAGUAAGAAAGCUGAAAAAAUUCCAAUUGAGAAAAUAAAUCAGUAUUUGGAAAAAGAAGCUGAAAUAGAUGAGGAGAUCAGAAAAGCCAGAUUAGCUAACAUUAGAGAAAGAUGGAUCCUUCAAAAGUUAAAAGAUAAUCUUAAAGAACUAGUAUAGAGUAACACAAUACAGUAGACUGAAGAUAACUGAGUGGGUGAAAUGGUUAAACUCCAAACUCCCAUGCAUUCAGUCUUGUUUGCUAUCUUAAUGUCAAGAAUAAAAAAAAAUGAAAGUGAAAAUUUAAUGUUUUC